AUGGGACGUGUGUCAACAUCUGGAAAAGAGUCACUUGAAGGUGCCUUUUAUCUUCCUCAUCAUGAAAUCAUCAAAGAAAGCAGCAUCACCACCAGACUACGCGCAGUAUUUAAUGGAUCAUUCAGAACAUCUACCGGCAUCUCCCUCAACGAGAUCCUUCACAUUGGGGCAAAGUUGCAAAUUGACAUUCUCGAUGUGCUUCUUUGGUUUCGACAGUACCGUUAUGUGUUCACCAGCGAUAUAGAGAAAAUGUAUCGGCAAAUCAAGGUUCAUGCUGAUGAUCAGAAGUUACAAAGAAUUCUAUGGAUGGAUUCUACAAACAACAUUGUUGAUUAUCAGUUGACAACUGUGACAUAUGGACUUGCGUGUGCUCCGUUUCUCGCCCUUCGUACCGUGCAACAGCUGAUCGAGGAUGAAGGUUCCAGAUUUCCUUUAGCUAAACUACCAGCUGAGAAGCAAUUAGCUGCUGAGUCAAGAUCAAUUGACCAAGGUUCUGCAACUUUGGUUCACACGUUAGGAAUAAAAUGGAAUCCUGCAACAGAUACCUUCCAUUUCACUUCAACUCUACCAUGUGAUUCUAAAGUGCCGAAAAGGACAACUUUAUCAACAAUUUCCAAACUUUAUGAUCCUCUUGGAUUAUUAGCUCCGGUUGUGAUUACUGGUAAAAUUUUGAUUCAAGAUCUUUGGGCACUCAAGCUUGGAUGGGAUGAACAAUUACCUCCGCAUCUCACUGCAAAAUGGAAUGCGUUCAUGGAUCAACUAAAGGACAUCAAUGAACUACCGUUUCCUCGAUGGAUUAAGAUCACACCAGAUGCAUCCUUGGAAUUACAUGUAUUUUGUGAUGCAUCUCAACCCGCUCUGGCUGCUGCUGUGUACCUUCGCGCUGUUGAUCCAGACGGAAAAGUAAAAACAUCUCUUGUUUGCGCAAAAACAAAGGUCGCUCCCAUCAAACGACUAACCAUUCCUCGAUUGGAAUUGUCUGCUGCUGUAAUUGGAUCGAAACUAGUUCAUCAUGUUCAGCAGGUCUUAAACCUGGAAAAAGUGGCGAUCCAUCUAUGGACUGAUUCAGCAAUAACCUAUACUUGGAUCAACAAUCACCCAUCUCGUUGGAAGGAAUUUGUUCAUAAUCGAGUCUGCUUUAUUCAAGAGUUAAUUCUAACUGCAAAAUGGUAUUUUAUACCUGGAAAGGAAAAUCCAGCUAAUCUUGCUACUCAAGGUCUCAGUCCAGUGGAACUUGCUCAAAAUAAACAUUGGUGGACUUGUCCAGAUUGGCUUCAGGAAUCUGUCGAAUCAUGGCCCAGAACUUUAGAACCACCUUUAGAACAAGACAAUUUGGAAGAACGUCCAGCUGCCGUACAUCUCAACAACACAACACCUAAUAACAAGAUCUGGAAUUUACUGACCCAAUUUUCAGAUUUGAACAAGCUUCUGAGAAUCACAGCUAUUUGGAAGAGAUAUUCACUGAUCCUGAGGAAAAAAGCAAACAACAUUGUGAAAUCACCAAUCACCACUCAGGAACUUGCUGAUGCUAAACAAUCAUUGGCUCUGAUUACACAACAACAGAUGUUCCAGAAGGAAAGAAGUGUACUUUUAAAAGGAGAAUCUCUCUCAGCAACACACCCACUCGCUCGACUGACACCAUUCAUUGAUUCUCAGAAUCUUAUGAGAGUUGGAGGAAGACUAAAUGCAUCAUUUUUACCAUUCAACUCGAAACACCCCAUCAUUUUACCUCGCGAAUCUCCAAUCACUCAACUAAUUAUCUCUGACGCUCACCAACGCACAUGGCAUAGCGGAACUCAGCUGACUUUGUCUUACACCAGAAAUGAAUUUUGGAUACUCGGAGGACGUGUUCCAAUUAGUUCGUUCGUUUGGAAAUGCGUUAAAUGUGCAAGGCAUCGAAAGAUUCGUGGAUGUCAACUUAUGGGUCAACUACCAAUGGAACGAGUCACUCCAUCUCGACCAUUUCUACACUCUGGUGUGGAUUAUGCUGGACCUUUGCUACUCAAAACUUGGAAGGGACGAGCAGCUCGAACGUAUAAAGCAUACAUCGCUUUAUUCAUUUGCGAAGCCACGGCUGCUAUACAUCUAGAGCUGGUAACGGAUUACAGUUCAGAUGCCUUUAUCGCCGCUUAUAAACGAUUCACUGCACGUAGAGGAAUCUGCUCAACUUUGAGAAGCGACUGUGGAAGAACUUUGACCGGUGCUGAUAAAGAACUUCGCAAUUUAUUCACAUCAGCAUCAAAAGAGCUUGGAGCUAUGUCAUCGCUACUCGCAAAGGACAGCACUCAAUGGUCCUUCAAUCCGCCAGCUGCACCUCAUUUUGGAGGACUUUGGGAAGCUUGGGUGAGAUCUUUGAAACAUCAUCUACGGAGAGUUAUCGGUGAUCAUCUUCUCACCUAUGAGAAGAUGAACACCUUUCUGUUACAGACUGAAGCAGUACUAAAUUCGAGACCACUAUCUGCGCUCACUGAAGAUGCAGAGGACUUUAAUGCACUGACACCUGGACAUUUUCUCAUUGGCGGACCGCUAACGACAAUUCCUUUCCACAACAUAACAACCGUUGCCAAGGCAACCGUUGCUAUGUUAAUGGUUGCCACAACAACCGUUGCCGCGGCAACUGUUGAUAUAGUAAUGGUUGCCAUAAAAACCGUUGCCAUGGCAACCGUUACUAUGGCCACAAAACCCUACGAUGCGAUGUAG